AUGUCAACGCACUCGCUGAGCCAGAGAUCCUCUACAGAGAGCUUGCAGAGUAGCUCUUCAACCCACUCAAUCCCUGACAAGCUUGCCCCAGCGCUUGCAGGUCCUAUGACUUGGAGAGGCGCAGAGUUGAACGCAUCGCAAUACGUCAUCGAGCUCUCGAGAGCCGAAGUCGACAACGUCCGAGCUGCCGUUGUCGGCUUCAAGCUACAGCGGCUUCCUCGUGGCGAAAUCUCCCAGCGCACGUUCUCAUUGGCGGCCGACUUGGCGCGAAAGCUAUCCACUGUCAGCAAGGAGCUUCAUGAAGGCCCGGGAGUGGUCGUGUUGCGUGGCCUGGAGGCAGCCAGGUUCAACGAUGAGGAGGCCGUGAUCGCGUUCGCUGGUGUGUGCUCGUACGUUGCGCCGGAGCGCGCGACAGACUCGUAUGCCAAUCAGACACUCAGCCAUAUCCGCGAUGCUACCAAGGAAGCUGUACCGGUGUGGGCGAAGGACAUUGGGCUUGCCGGCUCCAAGAUCACAGCCGCAAUGGACUUCCACAGCGAUCGGUUUUCAGGAGAUAUUCUGGCUCUUCAUGUGAGAGACGAGGGUGGCACGGGUAGGGGAGGUGGACAGUACGUUGCGAGCUUCUGGGCAAUAUACAACGAACUGCUACGGACUGAGCCGGAAGUUCUGGAGACAAUGGCCGAGUCGGACUGGCCGUUCGAGCUGAAGCAAAAAGACCAAGCGCCGCACCUCGACCUCGGACCGACCCUGUUCUUCUCCAGGGGCAAGCCCAUAUGCCAGCUCGUUAAGGCGCCGCUCCUCGGCAGCCCGCGUAUCCAGCGGGAUCCAAGCAUGCCGAAGGUCUCGUGCAAGCAACUUUACGCCAUGCACGUUGUUCAAGACCUAGCCCAACAAUUCAGCACACGGCUAGAUCGCAAACAAGGCGACAUACAGUUGAUUAAUAACUUGAGCAUCAUGCAUGCUCGCAAGGCAUACCAGGGAACCAAUGGGAAGCCAAGUACUCGACACUUGCUGCGCAUGUUCCUCCGGGAUCCCGAAAACGCCUGGAACAAGCCGAGCCGUUGCCGAAACAAUUUCAACGAUCCUUUCAUGCCUGGCAGACCCCAGGAACUACCCAUCAUUGAUAUGGAUCCCUGGCGCGCCAUCAGUGGCCGUGAGAGCCAUGGUUGA